UUUAAGGACACAGAGGAGCAAAAUGGGGAGAAGAAAUGGUGAGAACUAUGGCACCAGCCUGCGUGUGUCAAACAUCUCUCAUGAGGUACAGCACAUGCUAUUGUCCUUGAGCGUUUGGGCAGCAGCUCCCGUUGUUCAAACCGAACCCCAUGGACUUGCUGCUGAGGUCCCUUGCUGCUGUCUCUUGGAGAACAGUUUGUCCUGUGCUUUUAACCCCUUGGCACAUUUGGAAUCCCAAAUGGGAAAUUUUUAUGUCUUGUAACAAAGAAAAAGUUAACCAGCUUCUCUCCAAGUCUGGAGACAUUUCUAAUGACAAUUGGAUUUUGUUUUAUUUUCCCUCACAUAUUUUGUGAAAAAUAUUAGUAAAGCAGGUGGAAUACCAAAAAUAACCAAUUCCCAACCUGUAAGGAAUUUGCAAUCUCGUUGGCUUCAUGUGUGGUUGACGGCCUUCUUCCAAUGGACAAACUUGGUUAUAUUCCUUUUUUGUAUGAUCUCCACAGCACCAUCCAGCAGCUCCCCUUUACCAUGUUAAUUUAAGAAUGUUUCUCUCCCUUGUUAUUUGAAACAGUAGUAUACCAGGUCACAGACAUAGCUGAGAGAAGCUUGAGCAUCUGUUGGAGACAUUUUAAAAAUACAAAUAACAGGGCCAUAUCCUCAUCCUACUAAAUUAGAAUUCAUAGUAUUUUUUUCAACUGUUAUUUUUUAAAAGCUCCCUAAGUAAUUCUCACAUAGAGAUGAGACUUCUAUUAUUUCAGAGAACAUAGAAUAAUUUACUAAUUUUAUUUUUCAAACACCACCAAACAAAGAUAAUCUACAGCCUGCCUCCCAAGAUUCAGCUCCCCUUCCUAUCAGGAAAUGAUCCUUGUGGAUCAGUUAAAUCCUCAAACGGUAUUUAAGCUUAAUUCUCCCUGUUCCUCCUUAGUGUGGGGAUGACACCUAACACUACCUAACAUCUUACUUGUAUAUUGCUUAGAGUUUAAUUUACAAAUGAUUUCCUCAUUUGAGACAGAAAAAAAACUGAGUUCAUUUCUAAAAACAUUACUUUAAAAAAUAAUCACCUCUUCCAGGAUAAAUUAUUACAAUCCUCUCCUACACAUCCCACAUUUUCCCCCCAUAGCACUCAGCACAAUGUCUGGAACAUAAACACUCAGUUGAUAUUUGUACAUUUUCUUACUCAUUUUUUGAGUAUUUCCUCAGUGUUUUCAACAUCUGAAGCCCAGAAUGAGUAGUGGGCUGGUCAUUGUUGAGUAUAAUGUGAGGAUUAGGAAUUUCUUUUGGUUGAUUUAUAGGCUUUCAGAUACAGAAACUGGUGAAUUUUACACAAUGAAGUGGACAUUAUAUUUUAAACUCAAUUUUGAAAACCCGUGUGCCAUUAUUUUUAAGAAAGUGAGAGUGAAACCAUAAGUUAUUGUAAAAGCCUUUCCAUUUCCUGACUAAUAAGUGUUAUCAAGCUGAUAAUAACUUGAUAAGAGAACAUUGAUACUCCUCAAAUAUGCUGGUAGUACCCUUAUAGGUGGCAGAGGGGUCAUGAAACUUUGUGCCUUUUGUCACACUCUACCCAAAGGACAUGUCAAAUGAUGUACUUGAGCUUUUUAAAAUUUUCUUAACAUUAAGUUUAUCCUAAAACAAAUAUUGUUGUAGAAUUUAUCUCACUGGAAUUUGGAUUCAGAAGUACCUGUUCCUGAGAAUAAAAACCUCCCACCUGGAAGGGAUAGUGCAGCAGGUGAACCAUUUGGAAAUUCCAGUAGAGCAACUGAUGCUAGAACUUAAUUUGUCAGAGCAUGCUCACAAAAGAACACAGAAUAGUAAACAAAGGACAUUUCAGUUAUGGAGUUAUCCUCUUAAAGAAGGAAGUAUCAUGGACAACAGGGAUUUCAAAAAACCUUCAAUGGAAAUUGGCUUUAAUACAACCAACAAUCCCAUAAGGCUCUUCACUCUGAACCACUCACUAACAAGUGCUCCAGCUGAUAAGCAAGUUGGUUCUUACUCUGAACUGCUGACGCCAUUAGGUCUCUGCUGGCCCUAUGCUGAUGGAGAUUUUUUUAAGGACAGAAAUGACUCUCUUAAUAAUUUAUGUUCAACUGUAGAAAACAAGAAUGGUGAAACUUUAUCUGCUCCAACUUGGAAUUUGAAAUAUAGGAACAGCAGUGUAGAAGAAAAUUUAACAGAUGAAAGUGAUUUAUCAGAAAAUGAAAAAGCAAAUGAUACUUUACUCAGCUGUUUUAAAAAGAUGGACCUGAACUUAAAGCCAGAAACAAUAGAAAAUGUUGAAGAAUCUUUCACAGAAGAACCAAGUGAAGUAUUUCCAUAUCCUGAUUUUCUCCCUCCUCCUUUCAAUACUCUGGACUUGCACAAAUUAGCCCUCUCAAAAUCUGAAAAUUGGAAAGCAACAGUGGAAUCUCCAGAAAGCUGUAUUGAACCUUUGAUAACUCGUUUAUUAGAAAUGGAACGAUUACAACAUACUACUAUACAAAAAGAGAGGCCAAGAUUACAAACUACCUUCUGUACUCCAGCAGUUAGUGAACGACCCUUUUCCUCUAAAACUAUACCCAAAACGAGACAGCCAAAACUUUCUGACUCUGUAAGUCUUCAGACAACUUGUGUAGAUAAAACUAGAGAAAAAAGGAAAAAGAAUUCUGCUUCUUGCAAGCUUGAACAAAAUGCUUCACAAUGGAAUUGGAGCAGUGCUGGCAAAUAUAAAUGGAAUUCUAGACCACCAUCGCUAAAAAGUUCAUCCACAACAAAACAAUUGGUGGCAACUUAUGAUGACUUUAAAAAUCCCCAAAGCUCCAUUUUAAAUCCAUGCCAAGAACUCUCAACCAAUGCUACUACUGCCCAGUCAACUCAAUCACUGGUUAAAGUGGUCUCAACAAGACCCUGUCUGCCACCAAGGUCUCUAAUACCAGUUUCACCUAUACCUCUGUCUUUUUCUGAAAAUCAGAGGGAAGAAAUGAGGGCACCAAGGACCAAAAAGAAACUUUACCGAAAACAUAUAGCAUUGAACAGGCCAUUCUAUAUUCAGAAUCUAAACUGUCUAUCACCUUCAUUUAGAGCUAAGGGUAAGUGCUCACCCAUUGAGCAAAAAUAACAUUUCCCCCCAUACAUCUCUAUAUGAGCAAAUCUUUCAAGAAGCCCAGCUAAAAUAUGAUUCAUCAUUUCGAGAUGCAGGUAUUAAACACACACACUACUUGAUGUGAUAUGGAGCAGAACCUGUGGAAAUCACUGCUGGGAUUGGUGACGUAUCAACCCAAGGUGACAUAUUGGAAAAUCUUUUGCAUGUUGUUUCAAAAUGUUUCGCUUAGUAAACUAUUCUACUCAAAAGAUUGUUCUUUUGUUGUAAUUGUUUCCCAGUAUAAUUCCAUCAAUAAAUUGCAUAAUUGACUU